CGGUCUCUUGUCCCACAAUCAUACAGUGCUUGAGAAUCUUAUUGAUAGACCAUUUAAUUUAUCGCAGCUUAUCCCUCACCAUGGCGCCAGCCACUGCAAACCCUCCCAUGACAACGGAGCAGCCCGACCCCGAAAUGGCGGUGCAAAUGAUUCUAUUGGCAGCAGCGCAUCACGAUCGCGAGACAUUACGAACUCUUCUCCGACACGGUUCAGCAAACGUCCAGGAUCCCGAGACAGGCGCUACGCCUCUGCACUGCGCGAUUGCAGCAUGCGCGCCGGAAAAUUUGGCAGCAGGCGAAGAAGAGUCAAAAACCGAGCCGAAGAAGAACGAGCCAGAGCCACAAGGAGAGGAAGAAACUGAAUUGGAAAAAGCCCAAAAGACCAUUCGCUUGUUGUUACAAAAUGGUGCUAUCUGGAAUGACCUUGACAAUAACAAUGAGACACCGGGAUGUCUUGCGCUUCGACUAGGGCUCAAAGACAUGUACGAGAUGAUUGUUGAUGCCGGUGUACGAGCAGAGUUACUGCUCAACAGGCUGGACGAUUACGAAGAACUUGGCGAUGAAGACGAGGAAGAAGAAGAGGAGGAGGAGGAGGAAGAUGUAGAGCACCAGGAUGACGAGACCAAGGGCGAGAACGACGCUACAGAGUCCAAAACUCCGGAGCAAGAAACUACACAAGCUGCUCCUGCAGCUGAAUCAUCCGAGGCUACAGUAGACCUCAACAGCGAAGCAUAUCUGCAAUCCAACCUCUCAUUCACCUCCGACCGGAUCCUGGACGAGGACAAGAAUGGCGUCAUGAUGUCCUGGGAAACGGACAUUAUGAAACGAUCUGCCGAACUCUUACUCCCCGGUCCUGGCCUGCGCGUGCUCAACGUCGGCCACGGAAUGGGUAUCAUUGACGAACUCUUCCAAUCCCACAAACCAUCAGAGCAUCACAUUAUUGAGGCGCACCCGGCUGUGCUCGAAAAAUUGCGCAAGGAGGGAUGGUACGAGAAGCCAGGAGUCACGAUACACGAAGGCAAAUGGCAGGAUAUACUCCCGAAAAUGAUUGAGGAGGGCGUCAUGCUGGAUGCAAUUUACUUUGACACAUUUGCCGAGGAUUACAAGGCGCUCAGGGAAUUCUUUACGGAAUAUGUUAUUGGUGUCCUGGACCCACAAGGCGGCGUGGAUGGAAGUGGUGGCCGCUGGAGCUUUUUCAAUGGCCUUGGUGCGGAUAGGCAGGUUUGCUAUGAUGUUUAUACAAAGGUCGUUGAGAUGGACAUUUUCGAAGCAGGCUUCGAUACGGAAUGGGAAGAUCUGGCUGUGCCGGAUCUUGACCAAGCUGGCGAGUGGGAUGGUGUUCGGAGACGGUAUUGGGCGCUGAAGACAUACCGGCUGCCUAUUUGUAAAUUUAUGGGAUAGACAUUCAUUUGUCUCUUUUUUAACUGCGAUAUUAGCAACCCCCAGAAAGAUGAGGGGGACAGAGAAAAGCUAUAUUCGAAGAAGCAAACUUGGGGAAAUUUUGGCUCAGAUAAAAAACUAUUUAAAGUACGUCUGCAAAACCGAAUGGGGAUAUCCAGCGCAAGGAAACGAGCAGG